AUGAAUCAGAAUGUUUACGAUCCAAGGAUAUUUGCGAUAGGUCCUUUUCACCAUGGUGAAGAUCAUUUAUGCAAGAUGGAGCAACACAAAUACAUGUACCUAAAGCUUCUUCUUAAGCGUACAAAUGAAUCCACUGUUGACAAGUUUGUCGCGGCAGUGAGAUCUAUGGAAGAAAAAGCGCGCAAUUCUUAUGCCGAACCUCUCAAGUUUAACCAAGAUGAGUUUGUCGAAAUUCUGCUUCUUGAUGGGAUUUUCAUCAUUGAGUUACUUUGUAGUUUUUACAUGGUUGAUGACGACGAAAAUGAUAUCAUUUUACAACGCAGAACGAUUGGCUGCCAGUUAUAUCAUGAUUUAUUGUUGUUCGAUAAUCAAAUGCCUUUCUUUGUUCUUGAUCAGUUGUUCAACAUGACAUCCAGACGACAGUAUUGGUUUUCUAAUCCGCUGCAACUGCAAGAGGCAGGAGUCGUGUUUCAAAGCGCUAGAGAGAGUAUUUUUUGGGACAUUAGGUUCAUUAACGGGGUGAUGAAAAUCCCGGCUUUUGAUUUUACAGUCGACACUGAGACACCCUUCCUAAAUUUUAUAGCAUACGAGGACUUACUUCCUAGUGGUCGUCCAAGGUACUUCAUGGACUUUUCAUUCUUUUGGAGUUGUCUAGUAAAUUCCUCAGAGGAUGUGGGAGCAUUGCGCCGUUGUGGAAUCAUUAACAAUUAUCUAGUCGAUGAUGAGAUGGUUCACUAA